AUGACAGACUCAGGAGGGCCCCGGGGGCGCACACUUUGCUUUUUAUCUACGCUGCUUUCCCAGAAAGUUCCCGAGAAGUCAGACGCCGUGCUUCGCUGCAUGAUAUCGGGUCAGCCCGAGCCAGAGGUAACUUGGUAUAAGAAUGGUCAAACCAUAGAUGAGUGUGGCAUUGCUUCCAGUCAUGAAUUCGCCAAGAAUCAAUACACUCAUGUAUUACAUCUCUCUUGCUGUACCCAGAAUGACGCUGCUGUUUAUCAAAUAUCUGCUAAAAACUGUUUUGGGAUGAUCUGCUGUUCUGCUUCCAUUGAAGUUGAGUGCUCGUCGGAGAAUCUACAACUCCCUCCUAACCCGAAAGGUGAAGGAGUCACAGGUUGGACACAUGAAACAGAGACAUAUGAGCAGGAGAGCACAAAUCAAACUGAUGAGAAAGAGCAUCCUUAUAAGGAAGAAGAAAGUAUUGCCUCGGGCACUCCCAUGCCCGCUGACUCCCCCUCCUCCAUGUUCAACGGUUUGUGCUCAUUGCAGUCAUUGGCCAAUGAUGACAUAGGUGCAUCCAGUUCUGAAAAUCCCUUGGAUGUUAAAGACGCGAGGCAAACUGCAGAGGCUUGUGAUCCAAAUAAAACAGAGGAAACUGCAGAUGGGUGGCUUUUUCCUAAGUCAAGUCAUAUUCCCGAUAAACAAGAUGUGUUUUGCCACGGGACAGUGCAUUCCAAAGUAUCAAGGUUAAUGGAUGGUGCCUUAGACAAUGAUGGCCCUAAGGAUGAAGCCUUAAACUCUAGUCACCAAAAUCCCCAAACCCAGAAGUACAUCAGCUUCAGCGUCCCACUGACGGAGGCCACGCCCUCCGCUUCCCCAGGUGACAGGGCCACCAUCCGCAAGCCAGUCAGCCCACCGGUUUCCAGCACCGACUCUGACAGUGAUUAUGAACUUUGCCCAGAGAUAACCCUAACCUACACCGAGGCAUUUUCAGAUGAUGACCUGGAGUAUCUGGAAUGUUCCGAUGUUAUGACAGAUUACUCUAAUGCCGUUUGGCAAAGGAACCUACAGGGGACUGGGCAUGUUUUUUUAUUAGAAAGCGAUGACGAAGACGUGGAAUUCAGUGAGUGUGGCCUGGGUGGGUGUGAGCAUCUCCUCAGUGAAAUGGGUUGUGGGCCUCGGGUGUCGGGUAACACCCGGCCUAUGGAUGCCACCGCUGGCCUCUGCGGUUAUCACUCACCACCCCAAGAAGUGGGGGUGAGGAGCAGCCGAGCCUGCACACACAGUGCCUCACCCCUGCAAACAGGGAUGACUCUGAUUCUGGGACCUCACCAGGAUGGGACGGCGACGGUGACCGACCAGGGCAGAUAUAAACCUCCCUCUGCUCCGGAGGCUGCUGAAAAUGGUUAUCCAGGAAUUCAGGGAGAAACCAGAGACAACUGCCACGCAGGAGAGGAAUUCUCCGGUGACAAUCUGCUAAACGUGGACAAAGCAGUGACAGGGAGAGAGAGGGAGCGCUCAUCGGGUGAGUUAGGAAAAUCAGGGAUGAACCAGUGUUUGGAGACCGUGGCCGAGAGAACAGCAGAGGGGAAAGACUUACUGAGCAGGAGGGGCUCAGAGAAAUCUGCCAGGGUGAGGCGACCAGGGAUCAAGGGGAAACCCAGGAAGCUGAGCCCCAGCCUGGGAGAGAGUGCAACAGAAGCCCCUCCUCAUUGCCUCUAUCCCAAAGGACUUGUUAAGCACACACUAACCCCGAGUGAUAAAAGAGACAGCUCCUGUGCCAGAGCAGAGGCUGCUGCCCUGAAUCCCCAGAUCCAUGCAGAAGGAUGUGUUCUUCCAACCCAAGCAGAGCAAGAAGCAAAACCCCUGCAGACUCCACCAGGCUCACUCUCCAAACGAGGGAAGUUGGACUUCCAGGCAGAAGGGGUGUGGGUUAAAAAAGUGUUUGAAACAAGCCAGGUUCCAGGCUGCAGUGAUCAUCCUCAGGUGCGAGGUCAGGAAACGGUCAGGGAGCAAGUCUUCCUCAGCCGGACGCCAGCUUUCUCGGAGUCUGCACUUACUGGGACCACAACAGACUCCUCCUGCAUCUUAGGAAUCAAUAAGGAAAAUGCAUCACUGGCCCAAUGCCUGGCGGUAGAAAGAGGUACCCAAGGCCCACAGCACAGAGAAAGUCAACAUAGAGAAGACAAGACACCUAGACGUUCCUCGGGAGACCGAGGACGUGAGCUGAGCAUCCCAGAAGCCAGGACCGAAAACACGCCCCUCUGUGCGCUGUCAAAGCACCUCCCCUCAGAGAACAGGGCUGACCGCGGGGAUCCCCAGGCUUUCUCAGUUGCCACCCCUGACCUCGCACAUACCGUCCCCACGCUGGAAACUGUGUCUGAUGGGCCAAGGGGCAGAGCAGCAGCCUGUGUGCUACAGCGUCUUGAAGCAGGUGACUAUGAAACAUGUGAUACCGUGGGUUCUCCUGUUGGAGCCCCAGUUGGUAAAUAUUUGCCUCAAGAAAUUUGCUCCAUGGACUUAGAGCUGGCAGGUCAAAGCCAAGGAUCUGAUUUAUGUUCUCCCGACGACAAGACACUGGAUGUUCUUUUUCAAACACGUGGUUCUGAGCCGCCGCCGUCCACAUGUGAAGGCAGCGAUGACAGACACUCGGCCACAUCCCCUCUUUUUAUCAGUACUUUCACCUGGGACAUUUCACAAAAAGCCAGUAAACGUGCCACCGGGGAAAAUCUAGUCAAGGGGGAGAAUUCCACCUCCACAUUGACCUCCACAGUAGGGGCUGGCCAGGGGAGGCUGAGCCCCAGGAACUCAGAGGGGCUUGAGGAAAGACAGACUCGAUCUUCUGAGAAUGACUCUCACGUACGGUUUAAAGAAGGCAGUGACGAGAGCUCCAGUACCAGUGCCCCAGACACCGCAGACGCACCUGCCAGCCAUAACUCAAUAGCGAAGCUUCCGCAGGAGAAGCCAACAACACCAACUGCUAAUCUUGACCAUUUGGAGGUCAUCGGGGAGAGAGGGGACACCUCAACUUUUCCCACUGCCACUAGAGUCCACUGCACCAAACACCUCCCUGUUUCAAUCGCCGGGAACAGCCAUGCAGAUGGCUCUGAGGAGAGUUCACCUUGGGCACCAGUUGAAAGUAUUUCCCAGCUUCCCUCCAGUGUACAAUUGGGUCGUAUUUUAAACAGUUCCACACUCGAAUCGUCAAAAGAGCUGCCUUGUGUGGCUCCCAGUGGGCCAGGGGUCCGUGUCCACGUCCCUCAGCUCCCAGAGGGAGAGAGUUUCUGUAGUUCCCUGCUGCAGGUGGAUGACCAGUCUGGCAGGAGGAGCCAGACCUGGGACAGAGCAGACCCUAGGAGUCUUGGGGAGAAUUUACAAGAAAAAGGAAGUGAAACAACACAGAGGCUCCAGCAGGAGAGCCAGCCCCACCAGGGUUCUGCUAAAGAUAAUUUCCAAGAAAGCUUGCCCACGACAUCUGUGCAAGGGGAAAUAAACCUGGUCCCCUCGCACCACUCAUCAGCCAAUUCCAGGGAGGAAAGAGGGCAGAGCUUGGGUUUGGAGACCAGUGUGUCUGUGGUGGCUGAAUCCACCGUGAAAGAUGACAGCCUGGCUCUGAGCAGUGUUCCACCUCUCUCUGAUAGCCUUCUGGAGGCAUCUAAAAAGAGUGUCCCAGGAUACUGGGAAGCAGGUAAAAAGCUGAAGAUUAUAACUCUAGAGGCAUCGAUUUCAGAGACGUGGCCACCAAGACAACUGACAGAUGCUAAGUGCAAGGAAUCGGAAGGUGGUCUUAUGAUUCCUGAUGGGGCCUGGGCUGUAUCUGACGUUGUGAAGGCAGAUGCUGCUGUGCCUAAACUGGAUUCCUCUGAAACAGCGUCGGCCUGCAGUCCCCGGGCUGAGUCUGUCCCGGCCCUUGCUAAUAACAGAGGAAUCCAUGAAAGCAGAGACCGAGCGAGCAGUGCAUGGUGGAGUAGUCUGUCUUCCCAGUAUCUGAGCCAACCCAGACUUCUGGAGUCUUCUGUGGAUCCGGUAGAUGAAAAGGAAUUAUGUGUCACAGACUUGUUCUCAGAGACUUCUAAAACUGGAAGGAAGGAAAGUGUUAAUAUGAGUCAAAACCAACGCAAGCUGGAUGGCCCUGCCUUCCUUAAACAGUCCCUGACCUGCCCUAAAAUCUUAGAGUCAUCUGUAGAUCCCGUCAGUGAAACAGGGGUGAUGGAGUGGAUGAGGGCAGAAACACCAGGGCCUUCCAAAUCCACACUGAGGGGCAUGAGAGUGCAGAGUCAACUGAAUGAUGGAAACUUGGGCCAGAGGGUGGAAGUCCAGCCUGCCACCUUGCAAGUUCCGUGCCCCCAGCAAGGUGGGGAAACCAUUCCAAGUGAAAACAGCGUCAGCCAGAGCCCAGAGGACCGUGGAAGAGGGGAGGCAGACCAAGGUCGACAUGACGGGGCACGGGUGGGCAUGCAGUCUGCCAUCUUGCAAGUCCCGGGUCCUGGCAAAGGUCGGGCAACAACUCCAAGCGCACGCGGCAGGAGCCAAAACCAAGUCAGUGAGGAGCACUUAGGGGAGGCUGAACAAAGUGCAAACCACAAAGCAGAGUUCCUUUCCCCCACGUUACCUCUUUCUAGCCAUCUUGCAGCAAUGACUCCCGCAUCCGUUGGAGUUGCUACUCACAGCUCCACAGGUCAAAGGCACGACACCCCUGAGAAUGAAGUAGUGGAGCCCAGAAACCAGCAACACACAUUUUCUGGCUCGAAGGAAAGGGGAGCUACUGACACUGAGCAUGGGAAGUAUUUGCCCCCUGUUGGCGGUCUUCCUCAGGGGUCUUUUACUCCAUCCCCUGAAGGAAGCAUCACAGACUCUUCCAGAAGCCACAAAACUGAGGGACAAAAAGUAGAGGCGCCCCCAGCUGGGGAAGCCAAGCCCACAAGCACACCCGGCUCCCCGGCAGAGACGUCGACGUUCACUUCUGGAGAAUGUGCAUCAGAGAAGGUUCCUGAGAUGCUGCAGGACCCCAGACAACAGGGCUGCACCCUGGGCCGCGGGAAGAAGUCGAGGGAGGAGACCAGCCACAGGGCGUCCCAGGCUGGCGGCUUCCCCAGGGCAACCCCAGCAGUGACCAGGUCAGAGGAGGCGGAGAAGAAGCGGGAAGCCCCAGGAAGUGCACAUCUGGCUGAGGGAGUGAGGAAGAAAAUUCUCUCCAGGGUUGCCGCCCUGAGGCUGAAGUUGGAAGAGAAGGAAAAUAUCAGAAAGAACUCUGUCCUUAAAGGGAGUCCUAAACCUGAGACAUCGGUAUCUCACACCAGCGAGCAAAAGGACCCCCAAAGGCCACCUUGCAAAAGUGAAGGAAGAGCUCCAGUAUUACUGAGAAAGAUCCAAGCCGAGAUGUUCCCUGACCACUCUGGAAAUAUAAAAUUAAGCUGCCAAUUUGCAGAGAUUCACGAAGAUUCUACUGUCUGGUGGACAAAAGAUUCAAAGUCGAUAGCCCAAGUGCAGAGAAGUGCAGGAGACAACUCCGCUGUGUCCUUGGCCAUCCUUCAAGCGGGUCAGAAGGACCAGGGCCUCUAUUAUUGCUGCAUUAAGAACAGUUACGGGAAAGUGACUGCUGAAUUUAACCUCACCGCGGAAGUUCUCCAACAACUUUCAAAUCACUCGGAUAUUAAAGGCUAUGAAGAGAUUGAAUUCAGCCAGCUCAUCUUCAGAGAAGACUUCCUCAAUGACAGCUACUUUGGGGGUCGCCUGCAUGGUCAGAUCGCCACAGAGGAGCUGCACUUUGGAGAAGGGGUCCACCGAAAAGCCUUCCGCAGCAAAGUGAUGCAGGGCCUCAUGCCGGUCUUCCAGCCCGGCCACGCCUGUGUGCUUAAGGUGCACAAUGCCGUCGCCUACGGGACCAGAAACAAUGAUGAGCUCAUCCAGAGGAACUACAAGCUCGCAGCCCAGGAAUGCUAUGUGCAGAACACCGCCAGACACUAUGCUGAGAUCUAUGCUGCUGAAGCACGGCCUCUGGAGGGCUUUGGAGAAGUGCCAGAGAUCAUUCCCAUUUUUCUUAUCCAUCGACCUAAGAACAAUAUCCCAUAUGCAACAGUGGAGGAAGAGCUGAUUGGAGAGUUUGUGAAGUAUUCCAUCAGAGAUGGGAAGGAAAUAAACUUCUUGAGAAGGGAAUCAGAGGCUGGUCAGAAAUGCUGCACCUUCCAGCACUGGGUCUACCAGAAAACAAGCGGGUGUCUCCUGGUCACAGACAUGCAGGGUGUAGGAAUGAAGUUAACUGACGUUGGCAUAGCAACACUGGCUAAAGGGUACAGAGGAUUUAAAGGCAACUGUUCCAUGACCUUCAUUGAUCAGUUUAAAGCGCUACACCAGUGUAACAAGUAUUGUAAAAUGCUGGGGCUGAAGUCGCUUCAAAACAACCAGAAACAGAAGAAGCCGAGCGUCGGGAAGAGCAAAAUUCAGCCCAGCUCCACAACCGUGAAGAAGACGGCGCCCGGGACCCCAGCCAACAAGAAAACCUAACGACUCCUAUUGACUAACAGUCAGUGGCUGGCGGCAUGCGGUCUUGUGGGAAAUCUGGGAACACCCCAGAGGGAACACAGCCUGCAGAGCGACCCAGAGCUGCCUCCCAGCUGCCUCCCAAGCUGCCACCUGCUGGCUUCCCAGAGAUGAUUUUAGAGCAGGAUUUGCGACCCGACCCACAGAGAGACUGAAUCAAUUGUCGUCUCAAGGAUGUCUUUGUACCGUUAGCAUUUGUACCGACCUCAGAUUAGGUGUCUGUAUUUGCACAUGGCUGUCUUGUCAAGGACUGCGGGCUGAGCAGGGUCUGUCCACAGCCCACGUCCUCCCCGCCUCCAUUCCUGACCUCGGGAUUUCUAGGCACAACCGGCUGCUCUACCAACAGAGGGGGUGAAUUCCUUCCCUGGGUCAGGCGCGCUCGAGUGGAUUAUGCUGUUGUGGCUGGAGGGGGCUCCCAAAAUGUCAGGCAGUUUCCCAUCACUCUUCACACAUCCCGCUGUAACAUUCUGUUUAAUUAAAUUCAUGUUUAGACAAAAGCUGUUAAGAUGCACAUAUUAGCACAGACAUUUAGACUUUGUGCCGUAUUUCACAUUCUCCCAGGAGGAGUAAUAGUUCCUGAUACAUUUACCAGAGCACAAAAUAGUUGCCUCUGUGUUUUCCGCCCGUUCUUACAGCACAGCUUGGGUUUGGUCCACUUCUCUUUCUAAAUCUGAGCUCCCUAAACCCAGGGCUGCCCCCUCGAGGGAUCACUCUGGAAGGUGCGUGCAAAUCCUGGCGGGAGCACAGGCGCUCACAGCGUCCCGGCCCCUCCCUCUCAUUCAUGGGGGUCUCCUCCCCACCAGCCUGGGUCCUGCCCAGCUGUGGAGCAGAGUGGCCACAGCAGUUCGCACUGGGCAAGAGGAAGCGGUGCAAAGACAGUUCAGGGACCGUCUCCCUCACCCCAGACUGAGAAUGUCUCAAGCCCCACCAGUGUUGUUAUUGUCUAAUUAAGACUCUUUAGAGCAGUUUUAGGGGUACAGAAAAACGAGUGGAAAGUAUAGAGAGGUCCCAUAUGGCCCCUCACCCCGACUCUGUUAUUUCCCCCUCAUCAUUAGCAUCUUACCCAUGUGAUGCUUUUGUUACAGCUGAGGAGCACCCAGGACAUCAGGAUUCAUGGACGUCCACAGCUUGCACCAGGGCUCACUCUGUGCUACUCUCUGGGUUUUGACACACAUAGGACACGUACCCACCAUGACAUCUCACAGAGUCGUUUCACUGCCCCCGAAAAAUCCCCUGUGCUCCACCGAUUCCUCCGUCCUUCCCCUGAGAUCCAACUCUUAGUAGCCACUGGCUGUCUCCCUAGUUUUGCUUUUUCUAGAAUGUCACACAGUAGGAGCCCUAUUGGAGGUAGCCUUCUCAGAAAGCUGGUGGUUUCAGAUGAUGCAGGUGCACUCCCAGACCGCAUCUGGGAGGAGGCGUCUCACUGGAAGUGCGCACGACCCCCCUGGGAUCUUGUUAAAAACAAAACAAAAUGCAGGCUCCAAUUCGGUCGGUGUGGGGUGGGGCCUGAGACUCUGCAUUUCCAACAUGCUCCCAGGGGAUCUGCGUGGUGGCCCGGGGACCACACUUAGGAGGGGCGUGUAGACCACAGGCAGGAGGGUCCUGAAGUGUUGAGGAAGUGAGGAGGACUAGAGUUCAAGCAGCGGUCGGCCGGGGAAGCACCCAGCUCCUUGGAUCCUGACCUGGGAGGCGGAAGGGGGACACCGUAGCGCCGGCGGUGCCAGGUGAUGGCUGUGCCCAGCUCUGCAGGGCAGCGGGCUUCCACGGGAGAUCCCGGCUGCUUCUCCUCCAAAAUACACCCUCCUCAGGCACGAGGUUUAGACAGAAAGGAGAGCAUAGAUGGGAUUUUUGUUUUAAAAAGGGAUUUGAAAGAGAAACCUUCAGCUAGUCACAGAGCAUCUUUUUGGAAGAUCUACCAUCUCCAUUUUUCUUCUAAAGGGACCCCCCCACCGGCUGCAGCUUACAAAAUGCUCACUUUCCGGCGAGGCAGCCUGUAGCCUGCCUCCCCGGCACAGGCCCUGCAGCUGCAUUUGGCAGUGGCGCUCUCUGAAGUUCCAUGAUAACAAAAAGGCACGAGCACACUUUGAUUGAAAUCAGUGUACAUCCAUCAGCGUGGGUGUGACCAAAGCCCCUUUCAACAGAUCAGGGAACGUUCUCUGGUGAUCAUUUGUAAUUAUAAAAACAAUAUCAACACAGGUGUUCAAAAAUUUUAAAAAUUACAGAAAAGUGCAAAAUGAAAAGUCAAAGUCACCCUGUAACCCUAGCUCUAGCUGGCUUUGAAUUUGGAUUUGGAGAGACAGUGGAAGGGAAAGGAGUUUCCAUUUGGCAUUUUGCAGUCAGCCCGGGGGUGGCGUGGCUGGAGCUCUCCCCUUCUCCUUUCAAGGCUGUUUAGACUUCUCUUCAAGGGGCCCUUACUGUUUCCCAUAAUCUGAUUUCAUCUGUUUAGAAAUACUU